AUGAACGACUCAAAGGAAUUUCACUCGCUUGUGUUACCAACGCCAGAUUUUACUCAUGGCGAAGCUGCCUACUGCCCCUUCCCCACAGUCACCUCAGCUUUCUAUCAUCAUGCUUCCUACUUGGCUUCCGCCAAGGCGGUGCGCGAUCUGUCUGGCGAUUCGGUGACGGAGCUCACUUACCAUGAGCUUGCCGUAGAAGCUCAACAUUUGGCCACUCGGCUUCGCAGACUCGGAGUCAGACCGCACCAGAGCAUCCCUCUUGUCGUCAAACGAGGAGCCGAGAUGAUUAUUGGAAUCAUGGCCAUUCUGUCAUGCGGUGCCCAGUAUGUCCCGCUGGACGGAGGUGUCGUCCCGGAUUCUACCAUCCAACAUGUUGCCGAUCAAUGUGGUGGCCAGAUUGUCCUUUGCCUGUCUUCAACAGAAGCACGAAUCAAGGACCUUUUGCCUAGAAUGACAGCCAUUGUCAUUGAGCGAGAAACCAUCCUUAACCGGAGCCUCGACAACCCAGACACGUGGAUCAACCUCGCCUCCUCCGAAGCUGGAUGCUACAUCAUCUACACAUCCGGAACAACGGGCAAACCAAAGGGUGUGCAUGUCACGCACAGAAACGUGGCAAAUCUAGUCUGCCUCUCUCCCGGGGGGCUGGGGGUCCAACCGGGCAUGUCUGUUGGCCAGGUACUGAACAUCAGCUUCGACAUGGCCGCCUGGGAGAUAUUCAGUUGUUUAUGCAAUGGAGGCACACUUGUUAUCAGAGGAGCGAAAUGGGAACCUACCUUGCGACAACUUGAUGUUCUCAUAUGCACCCCGACGAUUCUGUCAAAGUAUCAUCCUAAAUCAUACCCCAAUAUAAAGGUGGUUGCUACGGCAGGUGAGCCAACGUCACAAGGCCUUGCGGACCUUUGGGCAACCCACGCUACGUACUGGAACUGCUGCGGGCCCACAGAGACGACAAUUGUGAACACAAUGUCAAGGCAUGUUGCUGGUCAAGCCGUUUCCAUCGGUCGCCCAACUCCCAACAACUCGGUCUAUAUUCUAGACGGAGACGGCAAACCUGUCCCAGUGGGCGUAGCAGGCAUAAUGUGGGCAGGCGGCCAUGGAGUAAGUCGUGGCUACGUGGGGCUCGAGUCCAAGACAAAGGAAGCAUACGUUCUAGAUCCGUUUGCAAAUGAUGGAACAAACAUGUAUUGCACAGGAGACCUCUGCCGGUGGAGAGAAGACGGAAACAUUGACAUUUUGGGGCGAGUUGACGAUCAAGUCAAAGUCAAGGGAUUCCGUGUUGAACUAGACGGCGUAUCAUCUUCGUUGGCUUCUGCCCCAGGAGUUACCCGCGCAACAGCUCUCUUGAUUGACGGAGACAUUCAUGCGUUUACCGUACCGCUGGGACCAGACGUGGCAGCCAUUAUUGCUCAUAUAAGGAAACUGCAGCCGUACUACGCGGUUCCUUCCGUGAUGCACCAAAUGAGUUCGUUCCCUACCACAGCAAAUGGCAAGAUUGACAAAAAGUCUCUACGAAAUCUGGCACUAGCUCCAGAACGCAAAGAGGCGCUAGACGAUCGCAUGCCUUCGUCUCCAACGGCGAGCGACCAGAGCACCCUGGCCGAGGUCAGGUCCAUAUCCUUGUCGUCUACGGUGACAAUUACCGAUGAGAAGCUGGACUUGAACCGGGACAUUCCGGAGAAGAAGCUGCCGAAGCACUUGCGCGGGCUACGACAUCGCGUGGCCAUUGUGUACCGAUUCCUGUUCAGCCUGGUUGGGUUGCUCAACGUCGGCGCCUUGGUUGCUCUCCUGCUCGCCAACCCUAGCCGCGACUGGCUUGCUACUCUCACUGCGGCCAACUUGGUGCUCGCGGUGCUGAUUCGCCAAGACGCAGUCAUCAACACUCUCUACACCAUUACCUGCUCGGCCCCCAAAGCGGCUCCUUUGUGGAUGCGGAAACGCUUGGCCAAGAUUUACCACCUGGGCGGGAUCCAUUCCGGCGCCGGCAUCUGCGCAACCUCGUGGCUCCUGGGCUCGACGUUGCGGUCAACGGUUGCCUUUGCCGAGAACAAGACCAACGACUCCCUCGCGACGCUGGUGAUUUCGUGGAUGCUCUGCGUCUUGUGCGGCGGGCUGGUGGGGUUUUCCUGGCCCCCGUUCCGCAAGAAGCACCACGACCAGUUUGAGCGCAUCCAUCGAUUUGCGGGGUGGACGGCCCUGGCCUUGUUUUGGGUCCGGACCAUGCUGUCGGUCCGUGACGUGACGCCUUCGGGAGACGACUUUGGACUUGCCCUCGUCGGGACGCCCAGUUUCUGGCUGCUGGGUGCCGCCACGUGCAGCAUCGCGUCGUCCUGGUUCUGGCUGCGAAAGGUGCCGGUCCGCGCCGAGCGGCUCUCCGAACACGCCGUCGCCCUCUCGUUCGACUACACGGUGCCGGUGAAUGGCAGUUUUACGCGCAUUUCGAGGCGGCCCCUGCUCGAAUGGCACUCGUUCGCCACCGUUCCGGCUCCUGGGCCGUCGGCGCUGGCAGACAAGCCGGGGUACUCGCUCGUGGUUUCCAACGCGGGCGACUGGACGAGGGACUGCAUCCGCAACCCGCCGACGGAGCUGUGGGUUCGCGGCCUGCCCACCUGCGGCGUCAUGAGGAUCGCGACGCUGUUUAACCGCAUCGUUGUGAUUGCGACGGGGUCCGGCAUCGGCCCGCUGCUUGGCCACAUUGAGCAGCCCAGCUGCCCGACGCAGCUCAUCUGGUCGACGUCCAACCCUGCGCAGACGUUUGGGAAAAAGGUGCUCGACACGAUUUACGAGCAAAUCCCCGAUGCGGUGGUGCACGACACCAGGCAGAAGGGGCGCCCGGACCUGGUCAGGAUGGGCUACAACCUGGCCAAGGACUUUGGAGCCGAGGCCGUCAUUGUCAUUGCCAACGAAAAGCUUACCAAGAAGGUGGUUUACGGCCUGGAGACGCGCGGCGUUGCUGCAUACGGCGCCAUCUGGGACAGCUGA